AUGGAAGAAGAAAACUUUUCUUUGUACGCUAUGAUCUUAUCAAGCUCCUCUGUUCUUCCCAUGGUUCUGAAGACAUCCAUAGAUCUAGGCCUCUUCAACAUCCUAUCCGAGUCUGGCCCUUCUUCUCCCCUCUCUGCUUCUCAGAUUACGUCUCUCUUGUCUACUCAAACACAUGAUUCAACCUUACUCAAGCGGAUUCUUCGAUGUCUAGCGAGCUAUUCCAUACUCACCUGCUCUGUUUCCACUGACCAAGGCGAGCCACGUGAGGUCUACGGCUUAGCUCCUGUUGCCAAGUACUUCACCAUGAACCCAGGUUUAGGUGGCUCGUUGGCUCCGUUGGUUAAUCUGUUUCAGGACAAGGUCGUGACUGACAUCUGGUACAACCUUAAAGAUUCUGUUCUUGAAGGAGGACUUCCGUUCAACAAGGCUCAUGGUUCGAGCGCAGUCGAACUGGUCGGCAGAGAUUCAAGAUUCAGAGAACUGUUCCAAAGCUCCAUGAAAGGUUUCAAUGAAGUUUUCAUGGAAGACGUUGUGAAUAAGUACAAGGGUUUUGAUGGUGUGAAGUCAUUGGUUGAUGUUGGUGGUGGAGAUGGCUCUAUUCUCCAUAAAAUAAUCUCCAAGCAUCCUCACAUCAUCAAAGCUAUUAACUUUGACUUGUCCUCUGUUAUCAACACUUCACCAGUUUCUUCAGGUAUUGAGAAUGUUGCUGGAGACAUGUUUACAAGCAUUCCUAAAGGAGAAGCCAUUUUCAUGAAGUGGAUACUCCAUAGCUGGGACGAUGAACAUUGCGUGAAGAUACUCAGAAACUGUCAUCAAUCGCUACCGGAAAAUGGUAAGGUGAUUGUGAUCGAUAUGGUAGUCCCGGAUUUUCCUAGAGAUACACUUUUACACAGAAGCUUGUUUCAGUUUGAGAUGUUCAUGACGAGCAUGAACCCAUCUGGGAAAGAAAGAACAAAGAAAGAGUUCGAGGUAUUAGCUUGCCUCGCUGGAUUUUCUAGUGUCCAAGUUCCAUUUACAUCUCUCUUCUCUCUUGUUGAAUUCCACAAGAGUGCGUGA